AUGUCAGAAGAACAAACGACUGCUCCCUUUCUCGCUCAUUCCACUACCACCAUGCCUGGUCCAGGUGGCAAACGUUCCGCUAAAUCUCGCCAGAGCGGACGCUCGAGUGGUAGCGGGGCAUCGUCUACACCAGCAGCGUACAUAGGAGACAUCGACAACGCUGAUUCAUGGGACGCCAUCGUCCACACCAUGUGCGACGCUUUCCAUCUACCCAGUGUAGAUCUAACUACCAGGCACGGCCUCAAGAAGAUCCAUGCUGACUUCAAUAAUAUCCACCGGAGGCUCGAUCAGGCGUAUGUCUCCAAUAAAGGGAACGAUAAAAUCAUGGGGGGCGUUGUAGGUGUAUUUGCAAAGAUGUGCACCGACUCUAUACUACGAGAUAAGAUUAUUGAAGGAGGCUUCCUUGACCGACUGUUCCCUUUAUUAGAGUUCGAUUCAGCCCGUCACAUGGCCUUGCGAGCGUUGACCACUGUCACCCAUCAUGGUGGUGCUGAUUGCCGCGUCGCGAUAGCUCUUCAUUCUCCUACACUGGUCGCUCUGAUGGAGAGGUACCCUGAUGACUCCAAAAUCGCAGAACUCUGCAUCGUUACUUUGGCGCCCUGCGUUGCAGCCAUUGUAAGCAACCCGGAGCCCCCACCAUCCAGCACCAUCCGUGCAAUUGGCCUACAAUCGGUACUCCAAGUCACAGUCGAUAACAUCCGAAAACCCAAUAUCUCGCACUAUGCAGUCAAUCACGCUUACAGCUUGCUGGCCUCAUCGACCACACAUUGUCCCGAAAUUUGCAAUAGGAUUCCGUCGAUGAUCCGAUUCCUCGUCGCAGGACUCAGAAGCAAGGACUGGGUCGCUCGCUGCACCUGCCUCGGCGGUCUCAUCCGCCUGCACGCGAAGGGGGCGGAAGAAGACAGAUUGAUGCUGGAUCCCCAGCGGAUGAUUACCGCAUUCGAGCGAUUCCCGCAGCACGUCAAGGACAUCCUUGUGGCCUAUGGUGCCCCAAAAACCGAGUAUUUUAUGACCUUGUCGGCCAGCGUCGCCAACCAGAAGGCCUUCCUACAGUGUGCUCAAGAUCACGACAUCUACGGCUUGGGCCUAAAGCUCGCUGCGCUAAUUGUCAAGACCGAAUUCUCCAUCGCCCAAGGCGCGUUCCAGACCGAGAACCCGCGGACCGGGCGCAUGGAGAACGCAUCUUUAGGGCUUCCUUUUUCUAUGUGGUCCGAUGCCCUGCCCUUUUGCGCGAAGGCCAUUCGUGACAAAGGGAAGCCCGACGAGCAGCAUCUAGCCAAUAUCCUUGAAAUCAAGUCGUUUAUUUUGAAAGGCAGAAUACCAGAGGCCGUGACCCUUGCGCGCAAGGGGCUAGAAAGCAGGCCGGAUAUUGCAUAUUAUUAUUAUGCAAUUACGCUGUCCGCAAACGCCGAAGAAGGCCUCCGCGCUGCAAAGAAGGGGUUGAAGUGCGCGAAGAUCACACCUUUCCUUCGCUUCCAGAUGCUGCAGCGAGCGGUGGCUCACGCUGGGGACCUGGGCGUCAUAACACUCCAAGAUGCGCCGAUGGAUGGUGAUCAAAAAUGGGAAGAGGGGGUGACCUUCCUCACUAGUGCUUAUGAAGAUGCGAAGAUCUACCUAGAAGAAGCUCCUCCCGACAACCGCAACAUAAAGAAUGUUUCUUAUUGGUAUAUUCUCCUGACGCUGGUGAUCCGUGGAUCAGAGAUUGACUCCAGCUUGAGCGAAUUGAAGACUGUUUUUCGUAGGCUGAGUAUAGCUGACGAGAUUAGCACCAUCUUGUCAGCGCCGCCUCCAAAGACGAUGCUGCGACUAACACAGCAAACUGUGACGAAGUUGUACGCUGAUGCAGUGAAAGAGUGGGGGGAAGUCAUAUCGCGGUUUGACGAAGGAGCGACAGACCGACCUAUCGUUGCUGAGACCGUGGAAGAUGACUUAUCUGCAUGGUUGGAUGGUGCCCAAGAUGAUUGCGAAGAAGACGCCGCGCCCCAUGUAUUCUGUGGGCAUCCGAACGUCAACACGAAUCAUGUCAAACUUUACAGGUGUUCGUGGUGUGGCGCUCCGAGCGCUGCAUUGCGAAAAUGUGGGGGGUGUACGAAAGCUAGAUACUGUGAUUCUGGCUGUCAGAAAUCACAUUGGAAGGAUCACAAGAAGUCUUGUACGCGAUGA